GGUGAAUGGGUGUAUGUAAGGUUUGGUUUUUGACCCGGAAAUACAUUCAUUUCUCUCGGCUACACGUGUGAAGUCCAGCUUCGUCCGGUUCCGUGGUGUCAAAAACAUGGGGAAGUCCAAGCAGACAGGGAGCCACAAGAAGAAGAAUCCCGGGAAGCUGUGGAAGACAAAGCGCAGGACUAAAGACCUGGACCAGAUCCACACAGACAUGAAGGCUGAGACCGCGUCCAAGCUGCUGAACCAGGAGGUGGACUUCGACGUGACAGGAUGUGCGCAACACUACUGUUUACACUGCGCGAGAUAUUUCGUGGACAUGAAAGCCUUGAAGGAGCACUUUAAAACUAAAGUGCACAAGAAACGGCUGAAAGAGCUCAGAGAGGAGCCUUACACCCAGGCAGAGGCAGACAGAGCAGCCGGAAUGGGAUCCUACAUCGCUCCAAAAGUUGUUGAAGUGAAGACACAGCAGGUGGAAGAGGACAUGGAUUGACGAACUGUGCAGACAACAUAUUAUGAACCGAUUUAUCUCUGAGUCACGGAAUCCAAAUCCCCCGCUGUCUCAGUCUUCAGGCGCAUUUUUAAAUGCGUCCUUUUUGUGACGAGACACAUUUCUCUCUGGAACUGGCUGUGAAACCUCUGGGUAUCACCAGUAUCAGGAAAACGUUACUCUACCUACACUGGGUGGUGCGACGCAAACAAAACACCUGUGUAAAUAGUAAUUGUCUAUGUAACCGUGUGGAUUUAGUCAGAUUGUAUUUAUACAACACACCACACAGUGGUUGGAGGGAAGUUUUGAGGAGGUUAUGAUUAAUAAAAGUGCAACAAAAUGGCUUUCACAGAAAA